GGAACUGAAGAUGCGGUUGCCAUGGGAACUGCUGGCCCUGCAGUCAUUCAUGUUGUGCCUUGCAGAUGACUACACGCUGCACGGCCCGAUUUUUGUUCAAGAACCAAGUGAUGUGAUGUUCCCUCUGGAUUCCGAGGAGAAAAAAGUGAAGCUCAGUUGUCAAGUGAGAGGGAACCCCAAACCGCACAUCCGGUGGAAGUUAAAUGGAACAGAUGUUGACGUAGGUAUGGAUUUCCGCUACAGUGUUGUUGAAGGCAGCUUGUUGAUCAAUAACCCCAAUAAAACCCAGGACGCGGGAACGUACCAGUGCAUAGCAGCAAACGCCUUUGGAACAGUGGUUAGCAGAGAAGCAAAGCUUCAGUUUGCUUAUCUGGAGAACUUCAAGACGAGAACGCGGAGCACCGUGUCGGUCCGCCAAGGUCAGGGGAUGGUGCUGCUGUGCGGGCCGCCCGCCCACUCCGGAGAGCUGAGCUACGCCUGGAUCUUCAACGAAUACCCUUCCUACCAGGAUAACCGCCGCUUCGUUUCCCAGGAGACGGGGAAUCUGUACAUCGCCAAAGUGGAAACGUCUGACGUCGGGAAUUACACCUGUGUGGUGACGAAUACAGUGACAAACCACAAGGUCCUGGGCCCCCCCACACCGCUGACCCUGAGAACUGAUGGGGUGAUGGGCGAGUACGAGCCCAAAAUCGAGGUGCAGCUCCCAGACACGGUCCCCACCGCCAGAGGCGCCACGGCCAGGCUGGAGUGCUUCGCGCUGGGCAACCCAGUGCCCGCCAUCAGCUGGAGGCGCGGGGACGGGAAGCCGCUGGCACGGAAGGCCCGGCGACACCAGGCCGACGGGGUCCUCGAGAUCCCCAACUUCCAGCAGGAGGACGCCGGCUUGUACGAAUGCGUGGCCGAGAACUCCCGCGGGAGAAACGUCGCAAGGGGGCAGCUGACUUUCUACGCUCAACCCAGUUGGAUUGAGAAAAUAAGCGACAUCCACGUGGCCAUUGAGGAAAACGUGUCCUGGGAGUGUAAGGCCAGCGGGAGGCCCAGACCCACGUACAGGUGGCUGAAAAACGGGGACCCGCUGCUCACGCAGGACAGGAUUCAGGUCGACCAAGGGACGCUCAGCAUCGCGGCGGCGAACCUCUCCGACGCUGGCAUGUACCAGUGCGUGGCAGAGAACCGACACGGCGCGAUCUUCUCCAGCGCGGAGCUGCGUGUCGUAGCGGCGGGCCCGGAUUUCUCAAGGACCCUCCUGAAAAGGGUGACUCUGGUCAAAGUAGGAGGCGAGGUUGUCAUUGAGUGUAAGCCCACAGCGUCUCCGAAACCCACCUACACCUGGAAGAAAGGACGGGACGUGCUGAGAGAAAGUGAAAGAAUUACGUUUUCUGACGACGGAAGCCUCAGAAUCGUGAACGUGACGAAAGCCGACGCCGGGAGCUACACCUGUGUGGCCACCAACCACUUCGGCACAGCGAGCAGCACCGGGAACCUGGCGGUGAAAGACCCCACCAGGGUGGCCGUGCCGCCCUCCAGCAUGGACGUCACCGUCGGCGAGAGCAUCGUUCUCACGUGCCAGGUGACCCACGACCCCUCGCUCGACAUAGUGUUCACCUGGCUGUUCAAUGGGCGCCUGAUAGACUUUGACAGAGACGGGGACCACUUUGAAAGGGUCGGAGGGGACUCCGCGGGCGACCUGAUGAUCCGCAACAUCCAGCUGAAGCACGCCGGGAACUACGUCUGCGUGGUCCAGACCAGCGUGGACCAGCUGUCUGUGGCGGCCAGCCUGAUCGUCAGAGGUCCCCCGGGCCCCCCCGAGGCCGUGACCAUCGACGAAAUCACAGACACCACCGCCCAGCUCUCCUGGAGGCCCGGGCCCGACAACCACAGCCCCGUCACGGUGUUCGCCGUUCAGGCCCGCACCCCGUUCUCCGUGGGCUGGCAAGCCGUCAGCACAGUCCCCGAAGUCAUUGACGGGAAGACGUUCACGGCGACCGUGGUGGGUUUGAACCCUUGGGUCGAGUAUGAAUUCCGCACGGUGGCAGCCAACGCGAUUGGGAUGGGGGAGCCCAGCCGGCCCUCGGAGAAGCGGAGGACAGAGGAGGCCCUCCCCGAAGUCACCCCAGCCAACGUCAGUGGCGGAGGAGGCAGCAAGUCGGAGCUGGUGAUAACCUGGGAGACGGUUCCCGAGGAACUGCAGAACGGCCGCGGCUUCGGCUACGUGGUGGCCUUCCGGCCCUACGGCACCGUGAUCUGGAUGCUGACCGUGCUGGCCUCGGCCGACGCCUGCAGAUACGUCUUCAGGAACGAGAGCGUGCGCCCCUUCUCCCCGUUCGAGGUCCGAGUGGGCGUCUACAACAACAAAGGCGAAGGCCCCUUCAGCCCCAUCACCGUGGUCUACUCUGCGGAAGAAGAACCCACCAAACCACCAGCCAACCUCUUCGCCAGGAGUCUCUCUGCAACAGACAUCGAAGUCUUCUGGGCCUCCCCCAAGGAGAAGAACAGAGGACGGAUACAAGGCUAUGAGGUUAAAUACUGGAGACAUGAAGAGAAGGAAGAAAACGCUCGAAAAAUACGGACGUUCGGAAAUCAGACAUCGACCAAAAUCACCAACUUACAAGGCAGCGCGCUGUAUCACUUAGCUGUCAAGGCCUAUAACACAGCGGGGACCGGCCCGUCCAGUGCUACCGUCAACGUGACGACCAGGAAGCCUCCGCCAAGCCAGCCCCCCGGGAAUAUCAUAUGGAAUUCGUCGGACUCCAAAAUCAUCCUGAACUGGGAUCAAGUGAAGGCACUGGAAAACGAGUCGGAGGUGAAAGGCUACAAGGUCUUGUACAGGUGGAGCAGACACGGCGGCACAUCCGUCAUCGAAACCAACCAGACGUCGGUGGAGCUCGCUCUGCCGCUGGGUGAGGAUUACAUCGUAGAGAUCAAGCCCUUCAGCGACGGCGGCGACGGCCACGCCAGCGAGCAAAUCCGCAUCCCAAAGAUGACAAGUGCGUCCGCCCGCGGCGCGGGGCCCUCCACUUCGAACGCCUGCGCGCUGUCCGCGCUGAGCACCAUCGUGCUAUCGCUCACAGCCCGGCCCAGCCUAUGA